AUGGCGCUCCGAAGACCCCAUCGCAAGUCUCGACACGGCUGCUUAGAAUGCAAGCGACGGCGUGUUAAGUGUGAUGAAACCCGGCCAGUCUGCACCAACUGCACCAAGCGACUCACUGAAUGUGAAUAUGACUCUACAAGCUCCUUUCUAUGGGCAAACCAGGGCUCAAAAUCCCGCCCCGGGUCAAAUCUAUCUCCAUCCGAAGGAUCACAACCCCCAGAAUCGACCCUGAUCACGGCGAAUUCAUUCGGUGUCCUGGGGAGACUCGGUGGCGGAGGCAGAAGAAGCCCUCAGAGCACCACCGAUCUCAAUCUCAGCGAUCUCGAAUUGAUGAUGCAGUGGUGCAAUUCAACCUGUCUGAGUUUGACCCGCAACGGCCAAACCGACCAUAUCUGGCGGUGCUGCGUCCCGGAAGAAGCGCUCUCGCACCCGUUUCUCAUGCAUGGCAUCCUCGCUCUCUCCGCGCUGCAUCUGGCCCGCACAAAAGAUGACCAUCGCAGUCCCGCCUAUGUCGAUACCGCUGUUUCGCAUCAGAAUCGCGCGCUGGCGUUCUUCCGGGAGUCGUUAAGCGACAUCACCGAGUCUAAUGCAAAGGCGAUGUUUGGGUUUGCUAGCGUCGUCGUCUUGUACGCGCUUGCGUUUCCCCAUCCGCUCGAGACGAACGACCCGUGGACCUGCGUCGAGGACUUAACGCAAGUAUUCGUCCUGGCCCGCGGCGUGCAGCAGGUCCUGAGGCAAGCCACCCCGUCGAUCGUCGCCAGUGACUGGGCGUCCGUGCUUGUGCUGGGUAACUACGACCAGACCCCGCCGGAGGAUGCCCGAGUUGUCCUGGAGCGGUUGCAUGAGGCGAAUAAUCAGUACGGCGAGCAGGAUCCGACACAUGACACGGAAGUCCAUCGCCACACGAUUGAGAACCUGGCCGAUAUGAUCGCCGCUAUCUCCAGCGGCCUAAUCACCGUCACCAUUGCGUGCCGGUGGGCGAUCAAGCUGAAGCCCGAGUACGUGGAUCUGAUCCGCAAUCAUAGCCCUUUGGCCCUGGUCAUUUUGGCGCACUAUUGCGCCGUCCUGCACACCAUGCGGGGGGUUUGGUAUGUGGGCGAAUGGAGUGUUAGGGUGCCCAAGGCGAUAUGGCGGGUUCUGGAUGAUCGCUGGAAACCGUUGGCUCGUUGGCCGAUGGAGAUGGUCUACGGGGAGAGUUUUUCUGUCGAUCAAACAGGCUGA